UGACAAGCGUCAGUAAUGCUGUGCUGUCGUUGAAGCCGAGCCUUGGCUUCUUCUACUUCCUAAACAUUUCGCAAUAUUGGGGAUUUGGUUUUUACCCUUGCGCUUCAGUCAAUACCUAUACUAACCUCAUUCUGGUUGUAUUGAAGUCAUGAUCAGAAUGAUCAAAAACUUCAAGUGGAUUUAUUUUGUUCUCCUCUGCUGUCACAGUAGCACCUCAGCACAAAAGUCUGAUUCUGCUUUGACUGUGGUGGACGACACUGAAGCAGCUGGUGGUGGUAAUGACCAUGAGGCUAGAGGUGAUGAAGAAGAGUUGGAGGUCCUGCAACCAACACAGACGUGGCAGACUCUCCAACCAGGUCAGGCUGUACCAGCUGGUUCCCAUGUGAGACUGAAUCUGCAGACAGGCCAGAGAGAAGUCAGGAUGGGAGAGGAGCAGCUUAAAUACUGGAAUCCAGAACACGAGAAGACUGAGGAAAGUGGUGGAUCCCUUUACAGUUCCGAUGAGCUCAAAAAAAUCAUGAAGAAGAUCAAGGAGGAUCUAAGCCCAGCAGAGUAUACUUCACAUAAUCAGUUCCGUCCUCUAGAGGAGCUGAAAAAAGACAUGGCUCAACUGGACAUGCUUGUGGAAACAGAUGUUCAGAUACUGAGACGACUGCUGAACCACUUCAACAGUAGCAGCACCAGUACAGAGCAGAGGCUGAACAUUCUGGAGGAGCUGGAGUAUAUGGUUCAUCAGGUGGAUAAUGCCCAAAGCCUGUGCAUGAUGGGGGGUCUACAAUUAAUACUCAACUGUCUGAACAGUUCUGACUCUAGGUUACAGGAAUACUCGGCUUUUGUUUUAGGAUCUGCUCUGGCCAGCAACCCUGCAGUGCAGGUGAAAGCAAUGGAGAGUGGAGCACUGACAUCACUCCUGACUGCACUGGCCACAGCUCAUCCCUUCAGUGUCAAAAAGAAGGUACUUUUUGCUGUGGCGUCCCUCCUGCGUCACUUCCCUUACGCACAGCAACACUUUCUGUCACAUGGCGGCCUGCAGGUCAUGUCAACUGUGUUCCGAGCGGACAGCAGAGGGCCUCUCCGUGCUCGCAUCAUCACCAUUAUCCAUGAUAUGAUCCGAGAAAAAGAGCUUGUAUCCCAAGAGCUGGAAUCCCACCAGCAGGAACGUAUUCGUCAGUACUCAGGUGUGUCCCUGCUGGAGUUGCUGCUGGAGGAAGGCUGGUGCAGCGUUGUCCCGCAGUUGCUGGAGUCUCCAGAGCAUGAUCACAGAGAAAAGGCCCUGCACACAUUGUUGGCGAUGUCUCCGGCAUGUUUGGCUGUGUACCAGUCAGACAUGGGUCUACAGGAGCGACUCCUCAUGCUCCGGCUUCAGUACCAGGACAAGACUCCGGUGGAGCCCAGUUAUUUUGCUGAGCUAACAGAUUUGAUUGAUGAACUCCAGAAAAAAUUGUAAGAACAAAGAGGCACAAGCGACUCACUGUGAAUUCAAUAGUUUGGUUUCCUUUAUUUUUGUAGUCAUAUUUAUGUUUUUCCUGUAAUUACACUGUGAAACAGAAAAAUAAUGUUGCCAUUUAACAGGAGACAAAA